GUUGACAUCAGUUGGACCCGUUGCCAUCGUAACGUGAACCUGUCAGUGAAGGCCAAGAACGGUAUUCUGUGCAUCAUAGUAGCUAGGCAAGUGAUAAAGAAAGGACAUUUGAGGACAUGGCGGAGAAGUGUAUUGUGAACAUCGAAUCUUGAAAUCAAGCAGAAUAUAGCUUUUUUGUCAAGUAGUGAAUUAAACAUUCCCCAUUGGAUUUAAUCCGGAAGAACAAUUUAAUCUUCUAUCUCGGAUAUUUCAUUUACUUUAUAUGAAUGUGACCUACCGAAAAAAUAGAGACUCUUGCAAAAAACGUUUCUCUGUCGCGUGUAUUGUUCCCUUCAACUCUCCGGUAUAGAAAACAUCCUGUUCCUAUCAUCCCGGAGCGGAAGUAACAACUUUAAAUGGAUUGGGACAUCGUUGACAUCUUUAAUUUCCUCCCGGAGAACCAGGAGCUAGACAUUGGCAUUCAAUCAAUUCUGCUGAGGGAAUCGAGCUUCAUCACAACACUUCCACAGACUGAGGACGAAUCUUCAUCCUGGAAGCCUUCUAAAUGCAUAUCUCCAGCGUUGGAGCUUCGCGAUUCCCACCAGUUGUCCGACACAAUGUCCUGUUUAGAGGAGAUGGAAGUACCACGCGACAUGUUCGAGGAACCCAACCACAGUUUUAACAAGAAUGACGUUCCCAUUUCACCUCCAGACAACUGCUCCAGUGACUCUAGUCUACGUGACAAACAACUUCACACUGGCAACAACAACCUCCAGCCGAGGGACGAAAGGCCUUUCCGGUGUGCCAUCUGUCCCAAGGCGUUCCGACUUUCCUCCACACUGUCCGCGCACAAGAAGCUGCACGACCAAAGAGGACCCAGUCUACGGUGUGAGACGUGUGGACGAGCCUUCACGCAACCCAGCGCUCUCUCCAGCCAUCGACUGUUGCAUCGGUCGGAUCGGCCACACAGCUGCAGUCUCUGUGGAAAGCAGUUCGUUCGGCUGCAUGCCCUCAAGACACACGUGCUUAGUCACGCGAACGAACGACCCUACGAGUGUGACCAGUGUGGAAAAGCUUUUACCGAAAAGCACGUGCUCGUACGCCAUCGCAAGACGCACAGUGACGAGCGGCCCCAUGAGUGUGCCGUUUGCUCGAAAGCCUUCAAGGAGCGGUAUGACCUGCUGCGCCACACGCUCAUUCACAGUGGACUGCGGCCGCACAAGUGUCCCGAUUGCUCCAAAACCUUCGUCCAAUCUAAUGCACUGGUUAAACAUCGAAAGUCUCACGAACGGGAACGCACCGUUGGCCAUCAUCCGUUGAACGCAGCUUCCUUUGCUGUAACUAGGGUCGAAACUACGUAUUGGAUUCGUAACAAUUCCGUUCGUGAACAAUUGAACUUGCGCAACGAUGUAAAGGACAAAGCAAAAGCGGCUCAGCUACGAUCCGAAGGAAAAAAAAUGUUUCACCCGAACGUGAAACGCUACAUCGAGGCCAUCAAGCUGUACAAUGAGAGCAUCGCUUUUUCCGAAAAAGGAUCGACAGAAAGGGCAUUGGCCUAUGCAAAUCGCUCAAACAUUUGUCUGAAGAUGCAACGCUUUGAAGACUGUUUGGAGAACUUUCGGCUUGCUCGUGAGUCAAACUAUCCUGGAGAAAAGUUGAAUCAACGCGAAAAAGAGGCCAAAAAUGCUUUGGCGAAGGCUCGGAACAAGAAUGCUUCAUCGAGCAAGGUUACUCCGGAUGUGGUGGAAGAGCCCGAGCUAAGCUAUGCGGUCAAAGAGAAUGCGCCGCAACUGAAGGUGGGUGAUGUCGUGAUGAUCGAAAGGCCGUUCGUUACCGUGCUGAAGGAUUCAUUGCGAUAUGUUCGAUGUGAUUUUUGCCAUGAGGAACGACCAUUCACAUUGAUUCCGUGCGAAGGAUGUACAAUGGCCAUGUACUGUUCGGAGGAAUGUCUGAGUAAAGCGUACAACAAGUAUCAUCGAUAUGAGUGCGGGCUUUUACUAGACUUGCGGGAAGUUUUCCUAGAAGUUCCCUUGAUUGCUAUUCGCAUGGUUGCCAUUGCGAUCACAACCUUUGAUAACAAUCCAGAGGCAUUGAAGGAUCAUCUCGAUGUACUGGAUGAAUCCAAUGUGAACGGGUUUACGAUGGAUUGGAAUAAAGCUACGUCACAGGAUAUUUUCAACUCGGUGCACGUGUUAACCAAUAACCAAGAACGGCGAGACAGCUUUUCUGUUGCAUUCUACAUCUUCAAUGCUACCAUCCUACAUACCCUUAUCCUGGAAAGAACAGAGCUGGGACCGGUGUGCGAAGCAAACCCUGCAACAAACAAGAUUUUACUAGAUUUGAUCCUGCGAUAUUUGCGAUCGUGGAAUUUAACAGAACAUUGUUGUCCUCUAAUACGUACAAGCUUUAAUUUCCUCCCGGAGAACCAGGAGCUAGACAUUGGCAUUCAAUCAAUUCUGCUGAGGGAAUCGAGCUUCAUUACAACACUUCCACAGACUGAGGACGAAUCUUCAGAAUGCCACAACACACCAAUGAUCCAUUCAUCUUCAUCCUGGAAGCCUUCUAAAUGCAUAUCUCCAGCGUUGGAGCUUCGCGAUUCCCACCAGUUGUCCGACACAAUGUCCUGUUUAGAGGAGAUGGAAGUACCACGCGACAUGCUCGAGGAACCCAACGAAAGUUUGAACAAGGCUGCCGUUCCCAUUUCACCUCCAGACAACUGCUCUUGGGAUUCUAGUCUGCGUAACAAACAACUAAACACUGACAACAACAACCUCCAGCCGGAUGACGAAAGGCCUUUCCAGUGUGCCAUCUGUCCCAAGGCGUUCCGGCUUUCCUCCACACUGUCCGCGCACAAGAAGCUGCACGACCAAAGAGGACCCAGUCUACGGUGUGAGACGUGUGGACGAGCCUUCACGCAACCCAGCGCUCUCUCGAGCCAUCGACUGUUGCAUCGGUCGGAUCGGCCACACAGCUGCAGUCUCUGUGGAAAGCAGUUCGUUCGGCUGCAUGCCCUCAAGACACACGUGCUUAGUCACGCGAACGAACGACCCUACGAGUGUGCCCAGUGUGGAAAAGCUUUUACCGAAAAGCACGUGCUCGUACGCCAUCGCAAGACGCACAGUGACGAGCGGCCCCACGAGUGUGCCGUUUGCUCGAAGGCCUUCAAGGAGCGGUAUGACCUGCUGCGCCACACGCUCAUUCACAGUGGACUGCGGCCGCACAAGUGUCCCGAUUGCUCCAAAACCUUCGUCCAAUCUAAUGCACUGGUUAAACAUCGAAAGUGUCACGAACGGGAACGCACCGUUGGCCAUCAUCCGUUGAACGCAGCUUCCUUUGCUGUAACUAGGGUCGAAACUACGUGUUGCUAAGUGGAACAGUGACGGAGCGAGAGAAGCAACAAGUGUUAAUGUUGAUUUGCAGAGUAUAAAUAGAAACGUGUUUGAGCAAAUGUUAUUGUGAGUGUCUUUGGAACGGCAUUCGGAGGAAGUGUGCAAUUAAAUAAAGUGUGUAUAUAUU